AUGUCGAGGGUUGGUCUAGUCACCACCUUUCGUUUCGUCCCGUUUGUACCUCACGAUGGGGGCCAGGAAACCAUCGAUCGGUUCGAGAGGUGCUGGUCGACACUGGAGUCCUUCCUGUUGUUCCACCUGGCCAAGGGAAUCGAACACGUGUUCCUCUACGCGGACGCAAACGACGGCAGCAACGACCCCUACAUAGAGAGAGUCGCUGCAAUUUUCAACCCGUCACAGGUCAGCAUCGAAGUUCGGAACGAAUCGCAGAGAAAACGGCAGCAAGAUAGGUGUCGGCUUUGGGGCGAGCUGGGGUCGUUCAGCGCCACGGAGGUGCCUGCUAGGCAGAGCCUCAACGCGGAGGAUGCCCUACAGAGAGCGAGCACAAUGGGGUUGGAUUGGCUGUUGCAUCUCGACAUUGACGAGCUCUUCUUCACCUCAGAGCCGUCCGUCCGGCCACACUUCGAUCGCCUCAACGAGCUAGGCGUCGAGCAGAUGACCUACGCGAACCACGAAGCCGUGCCAUUGCGAGAGGAAGUGGCCGACUACUUUCGCGAGGUGAGCACCUUCAAGGUCAACCACCUUCUCCUGCCGCUCUCCCACGAGGUGGCCGAGAGAACACGCUUCUGGCGCCGGCGCACCAACCACGGGCAAUACAUGCUGGCCUACGAUAAUGGAAAGAGCGCUGUCAGGGUGCUGCCUGACAGAGUAGUGCCGCAGAGCGUUCACCGCUGGAGGACCCUCAAGCCUGGAGAGAGAGGCGCCCGCUGCUCCAGCAAGGCCGGCAGUGAGGAGGAAACUGAUCAUAAGUCUUACCUCCCAGUAUACGGCCACAAGCUGGGGGUUCCGGGCGAAGGUAGGGGCGAGGGUGUCGCAGCAGCGACCACCAACGGAAGCGCAAGAGGUGAAUCGUGCGGGGACGGGCUGCAAACGCAAGGUGAGGACGAGGGCGGCGGGGUCCCAGCGGCAUCGACAUCGCCGUCGUUGUCGGGCAGUGGCCCUGACCAGCUUGUCAACCGUGUUGCGAUGGCGGACCCCCGCGAGUUGCGCUUCGACGAGGUGCUGGAAUGCAGCGACCCGUGCGUGCUCCACUACCCCAGUUGCGGCUUGGGCUGGCUGCGAGACAAAUAUCGCUUGCUCGGCAGUUUCCCUUCCUCGUGGUUCGACGGAAAGCUUCCGAUCGCUCCGUGCUUCCAUCUCGACGCUCGCAACGCCGUGCACCAGGGACACGGAGCGAGGGGCUCGCUGGACGAGGGAGGUGGGGUUUCGGACAGCGCCGAGAGGGACGGAGGUAGGGCGCUGUACCGCAAGGAGGUAAUGCUGUGUCCGAGGGAGCACUCGGAGGAGAUGCAAGCGCAGCUGGAGCACGAAGUGUUGCGGAUCCUUGGUGAACCGGCGAGCGUCAUCGAACAGGCCCGCGAUGUUCGGGGACCCCCUGGGUCGGAGAUUACGCCCGCGACAUUGCUUUCGAUCCCGCAAGAAGGGACACAGAUGGGCAAGGUGGCUGAGACGGGCAGGUCGAGCCCAGCCCCCGAGGAUUCUUUGAAAGCGGAAGGAGCAACAGAAGGAAGUCCGUCAACCGUGCCGUCGUCAGUGGCUGCUGCUGUGCUGGAGGGGGUGCAGCCGCCGGUAGCUGCUUCGGUAGCAAAUACCGCAAGUGCAGAGGGCGUCGAUUCUUCAGGCGUCGACGCCGCGUGGAUUCUUGCUGCAUGUGCUCGGGAGUUUCUGUAG